AUGGAAUCAUAAACUUCAGAUAAAGAUACAAUGAUCAAGAGAAUAUUGGCAGCAGAUUCUAAUUAUCCAGUAAUUGACAGAACUUUCAGCUAUGGAACAGCUGGCUUUAGAACUCUAGGUGCUCAUCUAGAAAAAGUCAGCUUCAGAGCUGGAAUCUUAUCAGCUAUUAGAGCUAAGGUGAGUAAUGGCUUGACAGGCGUGAUGGUGACUGCCUCUCACAAUCCUAAGCAAGACAAUGGAUUGAAAAUUGUUGAGGCUGACGGCUCAAUGCUGCAUCCCGAUUGGGAAAAGAAGGCAGAGAUCCUAAUAAACUCAAAGAAUCUAGCUCAGACUUUAUAUGAUUUUGACCAGGAAUUCACUGCCCAUAAUAUCUUCGAGCAUAGAGGGUAUGUAUUCGUAGGCUAAGACACCAGAGAAUCAAGUUAAAGGCUCUCAGAUGCUCUAAGGAAUGGUGCCUUUUUCAUUGGAAGUAAAACCAUUAAUUAUGGACUAGUCACUACACCUUAACUGCAUUUCCUUACUGAGAAAGGUGGCAAGAUUGGAUAGGCAAGGUACGAUGAGAUUAAAGCUAAUGAUUACACUGAAUUCUUUACUGCUUAAUUCUAAAAUUUCUUAGCACUCAUAAAAGAUCAAUCAACCACAAAGUAUCAAAACGAGCUUUACUUGGACUGUGCAAAUGGCAUUGGUUCAGUGUAAAUGAAGAAGGUAUCUGAACUGCUAGGAACAGACAGUGAUUUGAAAGUACAUUUCUUCAAUGAUGAUCUGAUUCCAGAUAAGUUGAACGAAGAGUGUGGAGCUGAAUUCGUGCACAAGGAUUAGAAAUUCCCAACCCAUUUUGAAGACUCCAGUUUCAGAGGCAAGAAGUGUGCUAGCUUCGAUGGAGAUGCCGACAGACUCAUUCUAUUUUACAGGGAUGAGAAUGACAAACUAGUACUGAUUGACGGUGACAAGCAGUUUGUGCUCAUUAGUAUGUAUGUUAAAGACCUGCUUUCUAAACUAGGCAUAACUGAGGACUAAAUGAGCUUAGUGUUGGUUUAGACUGCCUAUGUUAACUCAAGAGCAACUAGAUAUCUCAAGGAAAAAGGUGUUAGAAAUGAACUAUGCCCCACAGGAGUGAAAAACGCUCAUCCAAUAGUCUUAAAAUAUGACAUUGGAGCCAACGACGAGCCUAAUGGCCAUGGAACUAUAGUAGCUAAGAUGGAUAAAUUAGAUUAGGUAUUAGCAGGUCAUAUGGACAAGAUUGAGGCUCAAAAACUUAGAGCAGUUCUUCUCAUCUCCAAUAUGUGUGUUGGUGAUGCAAUUGCCAAUAUACUGCUACUCGAGGCUAUAAUGAGAGAUUUAGAUAUGAGUAUUCAGGAUUUUGCCCUAAUAUAUGAGGAGAACCCUUCCAGAAACUACAAAGCUGUUGUUAAGGAUAGAACUAAGUUCAAAGUCAUUUGGGACGAAACCAAACUCACUCAACCUAUUGAACUAUAAGAGAAAAUUGAUUAGUUGAUCACCACUGUUGAGGAGGGUAAAGCUUUUGUAAGACCUUCAGGAACUGAAGAUAUUUUAAGAAUUUACUCAGAAGCUAGAACUCAUGAGCAAAUGGAGUUACUUGCCUAGCAAAUACUAGAGGAAAUAAAAACAAAAUACAAGGAUUAUUGA